UCGCCAUAUUCUGUUGUACGCUGUCAAGAGUCGAACGUCGUUAUUUGCGUCAUCUUCGUUUGUAUUGCCCGAAAAUACGAAAUCAAAAAGUGUUUUACAAAGACUAAUUAAUAAACAGUGAUCGUUUCCAAUAUUCUAUUGAUUUAUCUUUGCGUAAAAAGAAUAUUUUCAAACGUGUGAUUAAAAUGGCGGAUUGUGAAGCUCACAACAAUGGUGAUGAGAAUAAAGAACAAAGACCCAACGGAGGUGGCGACGAGGGAGAUGCAUGGGGAAGCCGAGAUUUCUCCUCAGGUCGAUCGGUCGCGAAAAUGCCUGUGGAAAGAAACGCUCCGUACUACAACAUGAAUCAUAAAAAUCGAGGUUGGGCUCUCAUCUUCAACCACGAGUCGUUUGAUGUUCACAAUUUGAAGAAACGCGUCGGAACUAGCGCCGAUAGUAGCAAUUUAGCAAAAGUUUUGGUAUCUUUGGGAUUCCGUGUGUCCGUGAUGGACGAUAAGACAGUUUCCGAGGUUCAUAAGUAUCUUCAAGACGUCGCCGAAAUGGACCAUACUGACAACGAUUGCCUCAUCAUCACUGUCCUCACGCACGGUGAAAUGGGUAUGUUGUACGCUAAAGAUGCUCACUACAAGCCUGAAAAUCUAUGGCACUACUUUACAGCCAACAAUUGCCCUACACUUGCUGGAAAACCCAAGUUGUUCUUCAUUCAAGCUUGUCAAGGUGAUCAGUUGGAUGCUGGGACGACUCUCGUGAACAGAACAGAGACCGACGGCUCCUCUAGUAUGUCCUACAGAAUUCCUAAUCAUGCAGACUUUUUGAUUGCAUUUUCUACCGUACCCGGCUACUACUCCUGGCGAAACACAACUAAAGGAUCUUGGUUUAUGCAAGCUCUGUGCGAGGAAUUGCGUUAUUCGGGAACUGAACGGGAUAUACUUACUCUGCUUACAUUUGUGUGUCAGAGAGUGGCGCUUGAUUUCGAAUCCAAUACUCCUGAUAUGAUGUUAAUGCACCAGCAGAAGCAGGUUCCAUGUAUCACCAGCAUGCUCACUAGAUUGCUAGUAUUUAAGAAAAAACAUUAGUCAUUUCAUAUUUGUUACUAAUUUUUUAUUCCUUUUUAUUUUUAGUACCAUAAUUAUGAGAAAAUAGUGUUUCAUCUAAUUAUUGAUCAUCUAUUUGGCCUUUAAAUAUCAUUUUAUUUAAGCUAAUUGACUGAAGUCAAUGCAACUUUGAUCUCGGUGCAGGAAAGAGAUUUAAGUGUUGUGCAUUUAAUAUUUAGUUUAAGUAGCAUUUCUCUAAAGCAAAAAAAAAGUAUUUCUCUUUGUGUAAUCACCAUGUUUGUAGAAUAUAUAGAAAAUUUGUUAAAUGCAUAAUAUUAUUACAGCAUAGUAAUAAUAAUAAUAAUUAAGGUGAUUUUAGAAGUAAUUGUCGCAGCAAUGUAAAACAUUUUUGUAUCUAGAAAUGCACAAACUAAAUAAGACAUUAUGCUCAAUUGUAUGUAUUAUUAUUAAAAAAAAUAUUAAUUGAUAUAGAAAAUAGCGCUUUGUAUGCAUUUUUGUUCAAAAGAACAUAAAAAGUACUUAAAGAAUAAUAUUUUUAUGUAUUUAAAUAUGCAAUAUUAUAUUUAGUAUUGUAUGUGGUACAUAUCAUUUGUACACAUAAUGGGCUCAAUUUUUUUACUUUUUUAUACAACAAUGCUUGAUCAAUUACCUAAAUGACAUAAAAGAUUACAAAAUAAUAUUAUCAAACUAUCGCCUCAUAUUAUCAAGUAACAUCAUAGAAAGACAUUUGCCAUAAUUUUUUGUUGCUAGUAAAGGCACCAUAAUAUUUUGGCUGCCAUAAUAUUUGAAUGAUUUAGAAAUUAAUGUUUGUUUUGUUGUUUUUAAUUUUAAUUUAGUUUAUUAAAUGUGCCGAUUCAACGGGUUAUAUCCAGAGUACUGCCAAUUGUUAAAAUACAUUGCCAUUUCUUCUGUAGGUUUUACGAAAUUUUAGGGAUUGCAAACCCUUUUUUUGUAUUUUACCAACGCAAUAGAACUGUAUCCUGAGUAUUGCCAAGUGUUUAAAAUACAUUACCAUUAUUCUGUAUAGUUUAUGGAAUACCAGGGAUUGCAAACUUUUUUUUUUAAAUCAACUACCUUUUUUUACAGUCAUAAUAUUGUCCCAGCAAAAAUAUUAUGUAACUUUUUAAUGUGAUUUUGUAUGACUAAUAAUUUCGAAGUUUUAUUAAAAUGUUUUUUGUCACAAUAUCAAAGAGUGACACAAUUAUUGUUAUUAGAUUAUUACUAUUUAAGUAUAGGUUUGCAAUCCUAACCAUACUUAUUAAGAUUGCAAGAUCAAAUUCUAUUUAAGAUUUAGUACAAAUGUUUUAGAACAUUUGAUUAUAAUAGUAACUUUACUUUACUCAGAUCUGUAUGGAGAAUUGUGAUAUAUACGACUGAAUUUAGAGUACCGUAUAUUUACAGAUACAAAUGGAGGAAAAUAGUGUCGGUCCCGUUAAAAGUGUGCCUUGGAGAUAGCAUCCGUUUAUAUGUAUUUCCGGAGCCAAAAAUCCUCAUAGAUUUGAGUGACGUAAAAAAUAUGUAUGUAAGUAACUUUAAUAAAAAUAUUUUUGUAUUUGAUUUAAGCAAUAAAUCUUUCAAUUUUA